AUGAAAAAGAAAAUUUUGAAACAAAAGAGUGUAAAUAUACUUAAGAAAAAAACAUCUGGGACAUCAAGUAAAUACAUUUUUGAAUGUGAUGGUUGUAGUAAAAAAUUUUCAACAAAAGACAUUCUCGUCAAACACAUUUCAUACAGUCAUAAGACGCAAAAGAACUCAGACACCACAGCAGUGCGGACACAAGUAGAACAAACUCCAGUGCCACAACAAAUAGAAAUAUUUAAUUGUGAUAUUUGCGAAUUUAAAACAUCUCAAAAACGUUGCAUUUUGACACAUCUUAAAGCGCACGUCGCUAAACAAAUGUACUGUUGUAAUAAUUGUGAAUAUAAAUGUAUUAGAAAAAGAGAUUUGAAAAAACAUAUGAAAAUACACACUGGAGAAAAACCUUUUUCGUGUAAUAUCUGUGAAUAUAGAUCUAUAACAAUAUUUGAUUUGAAAACACAUAUCAGAAUACAUACCGGUGAAAAACCUUUUUCGUGUAAUAUCUGUGAAUAUAGAUGUAUUAGAAAAUGUGAUAUGGAAACACAUAUGAAAAUACACACCGGUGAAAAACCUUUUUCGUGUAAUAUCUGUGAAUAUAGAUGUAUUAGAAAAAGUCAUUUGCAAAGACAUUUAAAAACACACAGUGGUGAAAAACCUUUUUCGUGUAAUGUAUGUGAAUAUAGAUGUAUUACAAAAAGUUGUUUGCAAAAACAUAUGAAAAUACACACCGGAGACAAAUCUUUUUCGUGUAAUAUCUGUGAAUAUAGAUGUAUUGCAAAGAGUAGUUUGAAAACACAUAUGAAAGGACACACCGGUGAAAAACCUUUUUCGUGUAAUAUCUGUGAAUAUAGAUGUAUUAAAAAAAGUCGUUUGCAAGAACAUAUGAAAAUACACACCGGUGAAAAACCUUUUUCGUGUAAUAUCUGUGAAUAUAGAUGUAUAAGAAAAAGUUUUUUGCAAAGACAUUUAAAAACACACACUGGUGAAAAACCUUUUUCGUGUAAUAUCUGUGAAUAUAGAUGUAUUACAAAAAGUCAUUUGCAAACCCAUAUGAAAAUACAUACUGGAGAAAAACCGUUUUCGUGUAAUAUCUGUGAAUAUAGAUGUAUUACAAAAAGUGAUUUGCAAACCCAUAUGAAAAUACAUACUGGAGAAAAACCGUUUUCGUGUAAUAUCUGUGAAUAUAGAUGUGUUAGAAAAAGUAAUUUGCAAACCCAUAUGAAAAUACAUACUGGAGAAAAACCGUUUUCGUGUAAUAUCUGUGAAUAUAGAUGUAGUACAAAAAGUGAUUUGCAAAAACAUAUGAAAAUACAUACUGGUGAAAAGCCUUUUUCGUGUAAUAUCUGUGAAUAUAGAUUUAUUAGAAAAUAUGAUAUGCAAAGACAUUUAAAAACACACACUGGCGCAAAACCUUUUUCGUGA